AACCCGCAGCCUUGUUUUCCACCCCUUCUUGUUUCAUGAACAUGGACAAUUUUAAUCAAGACAGAAGCAAUUCGAUCACACGGGGAUUUUCUGUUGAAGUAGCUGAUGACAAAUAUGCCACUGAAAUCGCAAAGUUCAAGUCUUUCGCUCCCUCCUCACUACCCAUCUCCCCGUCCCCUGUUUCACCUUAUUCCUAUCUUGCUACUACCCCUCUUGCUUUCAGCCCUUCUGUUUUCCUGGACUCCCCUGCUUUUUUCUCCACUUCAAAUAUUAUUCCUCCUCCUACUACUGGCGUUCAACAAGAUACCAAGAGGGAACAAAGUAAUUACCUUGAUUUCUGCUUUCAGCUCCAUCCCAGGCCUCCUGCAACUUCAACAUCAUCCACCUUCCAAUCUUCCUCAAACAUUAUCUCUAUGAUGGAACAACCAACGUGGAACUUGAGUAAGGACAUGAAUCAACCUGAUCUUUCACUAGAUAAAACUAGAGAAAAAUCAGAGGUUGAACAAAUUCAAGGCUUCUCUUCAGGGAUGGUCCCAUUGCAGGGUGAAGGAGGUUCUGAAUCUGCUUACAGCAAUCACACUCAACCUUCUCAGGUGAAGAGAAAGGUAGAUGAUGGAUACAACUGGAGAAAGUAUGGAGAGAAACAAGUGAAAGGAAGUGAAAAUCCAAGGAGUUAUUACAAGUGCACGUAUCCGAAUUGUCCUACAAAGAAGAAGGUUGAGAGAUCUUUGGAUGGACAUAUAACAGAAAUUGUGUAUAAAGGGAGUCACAACCAUCCCAAACCUCUGUCUAGAAGAAGAUCCUCCUCUCAUUCUGCAGUCACCACCUCGGAGAUGUCAGAACAAUCAGUUGGUACAUUACGCAAUGACCCAACAGACUCCUUUGUGAUGCAAGAGGAUACCUCAGCUUCAAAAGGGGAUGAUGCUUUUGAACAAGGAUCACCGAUAAGUAAUCAAGAAGAUGAGAAUGAAAAUGAACCAGGUGCCAAAAGAUGCAAGGGUGAGAAUGAAAAUGAAGGAAUUAUGGGUUCUGGGAGCAGAACUGUAAAGGAACCAAGAAUUGUGGUUCAAACUACAAGUGACAUUGAUAUACUUGAUGAUGGAUAUAGAUGGAGAAAAUAUGGGCAGAAAGUGGUUAGGGGAAAUCCCAAUCCCAGGAGCUAUUAUAAAUGUACAACAAUUAACUGUCCGGUGAGGAAGCAUGUUGAGCGAGCAUCUCAUGAUACUAGGGCCGUAAUCACCACUUAUGAAGGGAAACACAACCAUGAUGUUCCUGCACCUCGUGGCAGCGGAUAUGCCAUGAAUGGAUCUUCCUCCAAUAUUAGCAACAGCACCAAUAUGCCAAUGCCCAUAAGGCCCUCUGCUGUUCCCACUCAGCCAAGUUUCUCCAACUCCCUUAGGCAAAGACUCCCAGCGCCACUAAGUCAAGCACAGGUCACCCUGGAAAUGCUGCAGAACCCAUCUGGGUUUGGAUUCCCAGGAUUUGAGAAGCCAAUUGGUUCCUUCAUGAACCAAACACAAUUCUCAGAUGUAGCAUUUAUUAGAUCUAAGGAAGAAUCCAACGAUGAAGAAUUUCUUGAGUCAUUCCUAUCCUAGAACUCGCCACAGAUAUUCAGACAAAGUUUGUCCAUUUGUUCAUUUGUUUUGACGCUUUAUCUAAAUUCAGACAGACCAAACCUCAAUUCAUUCAUGUUUCAAGAUAUUCCAAGAUUACAUAUCAAGUAAUUUUUCCUCUUCUUACAAAUCACUUAUUGUAAAUACAUGAAUUUACACACA